ACAUACAGACAGGCAGACAUGAGGAACAGCACUACAUACAGCCAGCCCUGAGGAGGAGGAUACAACACAGAUCACUCCACUGACUGACAAUGUAGUCUACAUCACACAACUGUGUAGUGUGGAUCCCUGUCCUGGAUCUGGACCAGCAACAACAACUAACAAGACAACUGGUGAUAAAUUGGGAUGAGUUCCACACUGACACUUGACAGGACUACUCAUCCAUUCCUACUGAUGGGAAGCGGCCAUCUUUCUGGAUCGACGGUCUACCUCCCAACCGUCUGAUUGACGACAGGACAGGAAGACAUGCUGUGAAGAGAGACAGAAGACAGACAGAAGCCAUAAAAGAGGACCGUUAGCCUGUGUUUCCUGCUGCCAUGCCGUGGUACUUCCUGCCCUGCCUGCCCAGCUGCCACAUGAUCUGGCUGGUUCUGGCUGCCCUUCUGCUGCUACUGACAGGCUAUGUGUCUGUGUCUCUGGAAGAGCUGCCUAAGGGCCCAGGGGACAUAGCUGGCAGCGGGUCCAUGAGCGCCAGCACUAACACUAACGCUCGCCAGUACAACUCUAUCCAGCACGGAUCCUGCACCUAUACCUUCCUGCUACCAGAUAACGCUGGGGGGAACAGGCCGUGCUUGACGGAGGCGGAGGGGGUCGGCAGCUCCAGCACCAGCCAGGGACAGGGACAGGGACAGUACCAGGGGAACACUCUACAGGGAGAUGCCCCCCUGAAAAAGCCCAAGCUCCCAGGACUGGCCCCGGCUCUGGGGAACCAGAGGAUCCAACACCUGGAGAACGUCAUGGACAACUACACACAGUGGCUUCACAAUAUUGAGAGAUAUGUGAAGGACAGUCUGAAUGUGGAGAUGGCUCAGCUGCAGCAGAGUGCUGUCCACAAUCACACAGUUGCCAUCUUGAAUCUAGGCACCAACUUCCUGACCCAGACUGCCCAGCACACACGGAAACUGACAGACGUAGAGAUCCAGGUGUUGAAUCAGACCUCCAGGCUGGAGAUUCAGCUCCUGGAGAACUCUCUGUCCACCAACAAACUGGAGACCCAGCUCCUCCACCAAUCUACAGAGAUCAGCAAGCUGCACGACAAGAACAGGCUCUUAGAGCAGAAGAUGCAGGAGCUGGAGUCUGGGCACCAUGAGGAGCUGGUCACCUUCCAGGAGGAGAGGUCCAGCCUGCAGCAGCUGGUAGCCAGACAGAGCAGUGUGAUCACAGAGCUGCAGACCCAUCUGGACCAGGCCACUGGCAACAACAGUAUCCUGCUUAGCCAACAACAGCAGCUCACUGAGACCGUCAACAGUCUGCUGAAACUCUGCUCUAAGGACAGAGGGUCUGGAGUGGUGGCAAACAGCAACCUUGCCUUUAAGCAGAGAGAUUCAUCUCAUGAGGAGAGAAAGUAUCAGGACUGCUCUGAAGUCUUUCAAGCUGGCUUCAACAACAGUGGAUUAUAUACUAUUCACAUCAACACCCAGGAGACCAAAAAGGUUUACUGUAACAUGGAGGCAGCAGGGGGAGGAUGGUCCGUCAUUCAGAGGAGAAAAGAUGGAACCAUGGACUUCCAGAGGACGUGGAAGGAGUACAAGAUGGGCUUUGGGAGUCUGUUUGGAGAACACUGGCUGGGAAAUGAGUUUGUGUUCCUGCUGACCAGCCAAAGGCCCUACAACCUGAGGGUGGAAGUGACCGACUGGGACGGACAGCAGGCCUUCUCCCACUAUGACCGUUUCUACAUCGGCAGCGAGAAGCAGAAUUACAGGCUGUUCCUGAAGAGUCACAGUGGAACGGCAGGCAGACAGAGCAGCUUGGUCAUCAACGGAGCAGACUUCAGUACCAAGGAUAUGGACAACGACAACUGCAUCUGCAAAUGUGCUCUCAUGCUCACUGGGGGUUGGUGGUUCGAUGCCUGUGGACCAUCGAACCUGAAUGGGAUGUACUACAGUCAUGGUCAGAACAUGGGUAAACUGAAUGGGAUUAGGUGGCACUACUUCAAAGGGUCUAGUUACUCUCUCCGUGCUACUACCAUGAUGAUACGACCAGCAGACUUCUGAGAGGACCUUUUGGUGACUGUCGUUGGGUACGUUGUCCAUAGACAUAUUGGCAUCAUUAGUCAUGUUUCCAUCCAACUGUUUUUAUGCGAUAAAGUAAAGUACUGUCCAACAGGUGUGACGGAAACACAAAAUAGAAGGUGGGAUAAUUGUUUGUACUUUGACUUAAAAAAUAGCAACCUAAUUUUGUUUUCUAUGAGGAACUUGGAUUCUGACUUUCUGGUGCUUACAUGUCCUCUUGAAAUACAUUGAUUGUUUGAGCACCAGCUCUGCAAUGAAUCAAACUGUAGAAGUGGGUUACAUGAAGAGGAUAUGAAUGUAAGAUUUGGGGCUUUUGAAAGACUUUAAUUUGUCUGGCUUUCAUUUAUUUUUUCAUUUGUCUCUCAUUUUUCAUUUCUCUUUUCAUUUGACUCUCAUUUGUCUCUUUCAUGUAUCUGUUGUGUAUUGUUCUUCUAUGGGUAAGGUAUUCCUGUUAACAUGUUGUGAAUCAGUGUACUGCUCUCUUAGUCUGCACUGUGGGCAGAGAAGCCUGAUGGCCUAGACUGAAUACACUUCAGAACACUGUUAUGGAUAUUAUUUGCCUAUAUAGUGGAUUGCUGUGUGUGUGUGUGUGUGUGUGGAAUGUACUGUGUUUUAUAUCAUCAUGUUUAAGGAAUGGUGUCUAUGUGUGUCUCACCACACUUGAAUAUUUAAUGGAAUAGAGAUAAAUAAUUGAUGUCUUCACUUUCAUGUUUUCAGUAUUAAAGUAUUAAAAGCAUUGUUGCUCUUAUACCCUUCCUAGAUUUGUACUAAUUUGCAACAUCUAUUGGGGCCUUUGUUGAACUUUGUAACAAUGACAAAAGUACUUUUUUUGUGCCAUGAAUUAAAAAUAUUUCCCCUAAAA